CAUACAGUUUAAAUUAUGAUAUUUUAAGUAUAAAAAGUGUGUUAAGAUGAGCGAUCGUUACAAAUUCAUACACGACACUGCAGUGGAAUUUUUCAAUGCUACCACCGUGGAAAAUGUGGACGUCAUCCGGCACUUUCUGGAAAACGAGGAUGUAACCAUUCUGGCCGCCGUGUUCGUAGACGGCGAAAUUCUGUUCCAGAAUGCCGUCCCCGUUGAGGAACAGUACAGCCUACUGUUUUACAAAAUUCCCACCCUAGUAAAUUACCUCAGCCAAAAUCCGCAACCCAAAAUCGGAAUGCUUACUCUGGAGGGUGGCUUGGCUAAGUCCAUCUAUAACUCCUUGCAAAGGGUAUUCUCGCCAUACAUUCUGAAAAAGUCCGAAUACACCACCGAGGUGAAAACCAUCCUUCAAAGCCUGCACUCAAAUCUGGGCUUAUCACUUGGCCUAACGGAAUCAGGAAUCCUUUCGAUCCAGGACGAGAUAGCUUUCUGGGUACAGAAAACGAAAACCCUCCCGACCAAAGCGGAUCGCGAUGCGGCGAAAUCGUUUGCCGCCAUCUUGGAAAAGAUCAACGGCCAUAUGAUAAGUUCCUCCAAAGUCAAUUUGACCCAGCUGGAUGAGUUUAUUGACGUUUGUCAGGCGCAUUUGGAUGAAAUAUGGCGACUCCCUAAUCACUAUCCACAAAACCGAAUGUGCAGUAUCUUUGAUCUUAUUUCAAGUCAUGUCGUGGGCACCUGCAGCGAGUACCUGUCCGAGUUGGACAUUUGGGACGCCGGCUCGAUCUAUUUGGACGAGGCCAUCAGUCACGUCAAGGAAACGCUCGAACUUUGGUACCAAACGUUCGACAGUUUGACGCGGCUCUUCUGGCCCAACUACGAGCUACACGCGUGGAUCGGGGACCCGUACAGUUCCAAGCAGCUGGACAAAUUUCGCGCUCGAUUUACCGAGAUUCAGGAGAUAAAAAAUUCUAAGGACUUGCUGAGCGCACUGUUUUUCGACAACGAUGAAUACUAUAUGCUAAUCAGUAAUGUUGCUGAACCAUUUCACGAAAUAAACAUCUAUGACCUGACUCCCCUAGGAAAUAAACGGUGGGAAGUGGCCAAGGCAAACAUGGAAACUUCACUAGUCAAAGUUGACGAGCAGGUCGUGUCCCUACUGAAGACGCAAGUUCACGAUAGUGUCGGGAACCCGAGACAAGCGAUUCAUGUCUUCAAUCGCUACAAAGAAAUCUUCAAUCGCCCGUACGUAUUGAAGGCCCUAGCCGUGGAACGAGAACAGCUUUUUCAAAGCAUCCCAAUGAUCAUACACGAGCUGCGAGAAAUGCUUGUGGCUACCAAUUUUUCUGACGAUGAGGUUACACCGAUAGUCUCGGAAACCCGAUGGUAUCGAGUGGUAGAAGAUCAAAUCGUACAACUGGAAAAUGUCGCUUCUAAGAUCCUCAGCGAUCGGGAUGGUAUUGGACAUACUUUGAAAACAAUUUCCAGCUUUCGUGAAGAGAUUCAAGCGAUGAUACGAGCGAACUUCGAGAGUUGGACCGAGAAUUCUCUCAGUGCGAUUCGUGAAGGAGAGCUGAGAUUACGAGAAAAUCAACCGGUAGUUGUGUUCGAUAAAUCGGAGCGUCAGUUGAUGAAGGUCACUUUCGGACCAAAGAUCGUCACUUUUUGUGAUGAGGCUCGUCAUUUGCAGAACCUUGGAUUGAAAUUAAACGCAGACAUAAAAAAGAGUAUAACGCAUUCGAUGAAGUUCAUUUCCUACGCUCGUCGACUUCAACAAAUCGCUACCUUUCAUAAUACCAUUGGAGAUCGAAUGAUUCCCUGUCAAAGACCCAUCAUGCUGAAACAUGCGAUGGAUUUCUCCAAAUUGAUCAAGAGCGAAUCCGUGUCUUGGAACGACGAAGAAUCUGUCGAAAGAUACAUCCAAAGUCUCCAGGACGCCAUAAAGCGACUGUCCAAAGACAACAACCUACUCACGAGCUACCACGAACAGGCCAAGAAGUGCGUCCUGAAGCUGAUGAACACAGACUUAAUCAGGCAGAGCAACAUUUGGAAGGACGAGAUGCGAAACCUCAGAGAAAUCGUAUUCAACCUAGAGAAGAUGGGCUACACCAACCUCAAUCCGUUCAAACUGCACUGGGAUCAUCAGCUUUACAAAGUUCUCGAAUACCAAUACGUAGCCGGGCUACUGGACGUUCAUCAGAAGCUCCCGGAUAUCCAUGUUGACCUGGUCUUUCGACAACAACAGAUUCAAUUUAGACCUUCACUGGAGGACAUCAAAUCCAAAUACUACUCACAGCUAAGAAGGUUCAUCGAGAAGCCUCUCAGCUUCAAGGGUCUCUCCGAGCAGGGUCCCGUCAUCUUCAAAGUGAUGAUUGAACGUAACGCCGAACAUUUUUCCGUCCUAUACGAAAAAGCAGAAAUAGUAUUCCGUGAGUUACUCGAAUUUCGCGACACUUGGCUUCCGUGGGUUGCUCUCGGGAUGAUUGACAUCGAACAACUCUGUACGGUGCACUGUACCAACUGGCAACACUGGGAUAACAACUUCCGCGCUUGUAAGAAGUUCAGCCAACAACUCGCUCGAAUACAGCAAUCGGAGAAAGAAAUUGACUGUUUGAUAGUAAAUUUCGCUCCCCUAUGUUCCGAUAUCGAAGCCCUCACCCGGCGCUACUGGGAAGCACUGGCGAACAGCUUAAGAACUUCCAUAUUGGACAACAUUUCCGUGCUGCAGGAAUACCUCUCCUACUCGUUUCAAGUUCUCCAGAACAUUCCUCAAGAUGAACUGGGAAUCGCCGAGUCCAGUGCCAAGUACGAGAAAAUUGUUAGCGAACUACCCGGGAUGACCGAGCUGAUAAAAUCGCUGCAAGGCAAAGACGGAUGCCUGGCGGGUUGGUGCAAGGAACGUGUUUCGGCUUUGAAUGGUAUUCAAACGCAAUGGAAUCAGCUGCAACCGCUGAUUGAAAACCACCAGACGCUACUGCAGGGAAGGCUGGACAUAAUCAAGGAAAACAUAUUGCGGCACAUCAAUGAGUUGAAUGAUGAAGCGGAGAAGUUCUCGAUUAGGUGGGAAUCUACCAUUAGAGAUUUGGAGACAAAUGAUAAUGCUGAUAUGAAUCUGUUUCGUGAGCGGCAAGGACAAUGGAAGGCUAUCGUCGAAAAACGCGAAACCUUGCAGAAACAAACCGAAAAGUUCUUCAUCAAAGUGCCGGAAGAUUUUGAUGCAAUUUUCUCCAAACUGGAAACUGAAAUAAACGAACAGGGCAAAAAUUGGGAAAUCUUCAACAACUUCCUCAAUGACUACGACACAAUUUCCAAUGAAGAGUGGACCAUAUAUCGUAGGCGACCUCACAUUUUAACGGAUUUCCUAUCGAAAUGGGAAAAAUCUUUAACCGGACCUCCAAGUGUUGCAUCCGCUCGGAUCGUUACAAUCGUAGAGCGAUACAGAGCCUCGAUACCGUUGCUGAACGCCCUUCAAUCGGAUGCGCUAAUCGAGAAACACUGGGCUAAACUAUGUCAAAUGUUACACAUAGACAGCAAAUCACACCACGACCUCAGCCUGGGAGAUGUGCUGGCAGUUUCCGAAAACCUUCAACAACAGGCAGCCGAGAUUCAAGCUAUCGUUCGACAGGCAGCUUCGGAACACGUAAUACGUCAAGCCAUCGUUGAACUCGAACAGUGGAGCGCUACCGCCUUGCUGAAGCUGGUCUCGCAUACCGAUUCGAAGGGAUCGAACGUCUCACUGAUCAAAGACUUCACUGAGACGUUGAAUAAAAUAGGAGAUAAUCAAUUUCUGUUGCAGUCGGCAAAGAAUUCAGCUUCUUUUGAGUCUUUCUCGGAACAAGCUGAUCUAUGGGAGGAAAAGCUCACCAACCUAGAUUACAUCAUUACUCAUCUGAAUCAGAUACAAAAGAAGUGGAUAUAUCUGGAACCAAUUUUCGGGGUUGGGACGUUGAAGAGAGAAGAAGCGGUGUUUAAGAGCAUUGACAAGAAUUUCAGAUACAUUAUGAAAGAGGUGGCGGAUGAUCCGAGGGUUGUUUCGGUGAACAAGAUCAACAACAUUCUGUCUAUUAUAGAGACACUGCAGAACCAGAUAUCUCGCUGUCAAAAUGCACUCAGUUCUUACAUAACUACGAAGCGUAAUGCCUUCUCCCGUUUCUAUUUCCUAUCCGAUGACGAUUUGCUAGAAAUGCUAGGUCAAUCUUCUAAGGAAUCCAUCAUGCAAAAACACAUUCGGAAGUUGUUUCCGGGAAUUUACAAACUGGUAUUCGAUGAGACGGUUAACAACGUGUUAGCGUUUUGCAGUGAAGAAGGUGAUGAAGUUCGUUUAACCAAUCCGAUUGCAAUCACACCACUCGUCGAAGAAUGGUUGAACCAUUUACUCAUUGAAAUUAAGACUACGCUCAAGUAUCUCAUAAAGAAGUGCCUGGAAACCGAUUCGAUCAGUGAACAAGCCAUUCGCGAGUAUCCCAUGCAAGUGCUCUGCUUGGUUAAUUCGAUCACUUUCACCAAACGAACCGAGAAAGCCAUUUCGGGGAUGCAGCUGAACAAUUUGAAACAAAGCAUUCAGGGUGAGAUCGGUAGAUUUUCUAUACUUCUUCAUAAAAACGCCGAUCCGUUGAUUCAGGUCAAACUAAGAUCGUUGCUCAUUGAUUUGGUGUAUCAAUCAACUACUAUAGACUAUCUUAUGGAUCAUAAUGUAACGAAUCUGCAAGAUUGGUACUGGUUGCAGCAAUUGAAGUUCUACCAAGAUCGAAACGGCAAUGUUUCGAUCAAGAUGGUGUAUGCCGAAUUCGAAUAUUCUUAUGAAUUCCUUGGAAAUUAUAACAAACUAGUCUACACAUCGCUAGCUCACAACUGCUACCUGAUACUAACCCAAGCGAUGCAGUUAGGACUUGGAGGUAAUCCUUUUGGACCAGCUGGAACCGGCAAAACGGAGUGUGUCAAAUCUCUUGGAGCAAUGCUCGGAAGGUUGGUGCUGGUGUUUAACUGUGACGAAAAUAUAGAUACUGCUGCAAUGGCUUUGAUUCUUUCUGGUUUAGCACGUUGCGGAGCUUGGGGUUGUUUCGAUGAGUUCAACCGGCUUCAGGAAGCAACGCUAUCGGCUAUAUCUAUGAUUAUCCAACCUUUGCAAGUUGCCUUGAAAGACAAACAGACGGAAGUUCUACUGAACAACGAAUCCGUUCCACUGAACCAUCACUGUUGCGUAUUCGUCACUUUGAACCCCGCUGGAGAAGAAUACGGUGGACGGCAGCAAUUGCCGGUGAAUCUUCAGUCACUUUUCAGACCGAUUGCUAUGCAAGCUCCAAGACCUCAACAAAUUGCUAGAGUCACUCUUUUUGUUGAAGGUUUUAAACAUGCCGAUCGCAUCGGCACACAGAUUGUGGAGCUUUUCGAAAUGUCGAAGAAGAUUCUCUCUAAGCAACGUCACUACGAUUGGGGUUUACGUGAACUUAAAGCGGUACUGUCAGCUUGUGGAUCCGCGUUGAAGAACUCACAGACCGAAAUCGAUUACGACCAAGAAGCUAGGUUGGCUGUAAAUGUUAUUCGAUCGAGUACCAUGUCCCGAUUGACCUUAUCCGAUUGUAAGCGGUUCGACAUUUUACUGUCCAAUGUGUUUCCAAACAUCCCGAUAUCUAACAAUCAAAACGAAGAGCUGCGUUCCAAGAUAAUGGAUACGUUUUCUGUUCUCGGAUACCAACAGAACAAUAGACAGGUCGAAAAAUGUCUUGAAUUGGCGGCCCAACUACAGAAGCGUAUGGGAGUGGUUAUAAUUGGACCUCCUCGGUCAGGGAAAUCUACAAUUAUUUCGGUUCUGAAAGAAGCACUAUUAUCGCAAGGACAAACCAUUCGAGCUCACAUUAUAUCGCCCAAGUCAAUGAACCGGAUACAGUUACUUGGUAAACUAGAUCCCGAUACACGUCAGUGGACCGAUGGAGUAUUGACGUCUACAGCUAUCGCCGUCAAUGCAGAACCUCGGACCGUAACUUCUUGGAUCAUUUGCGAUGGAGACGUUGAUCCGGAAUGGAUUGAAGCGCUGAACUCCGUCCUCGAUGACAACCGUCUCUUAACCCUACCCUCCGGGUGGAGAAUACAGUUCGGUAGCAACGUCAAUUUCAUUUUCGAAACCCACGAUUUAUCAACAGCAUCUCCAGCGACCAUAUCUCGAAUGGGAAUUGUAAACCUGAACGCCGAAGAUUUACCUUAUCAACUAGUGGUUAAUGCAUGGUUGGCUAAAAAACCGGACGCAGAAAUUUUGAAGUCCUACCUAGAUCAACAUUUCUACAAAUCAAUCGAAUGGAUUGAAGAACAAAAAUUGAAGCCAGCAGGAUACUCUUUGAUCACCAUUGCCGAAUCAGGUCUGCUAGCAAUCGAUUCUACCAAAUCGAACGAGCAGUUUUGCGUUAAUAUGCUCUGUGGGCUAAAUGGUCUUCUGAAUGCAGAGGGAAAAAAUAAACUAUCUAACCAAAUCUUUACAUGGGCAGACAUUGCUGUAACGGAUGCUUCAGUGGCAGAAUUUCAUUAUUACAACAGCUUUCAAGAUAUGAUUGAGCUCUACGGCACAGAUGAAAUACUAGGUGCCAGCAUCAAUGACAACGUCUUCACAAAUGUGCUGGUAAAAACACCUCUAAUGAAGCUAAGUGGAGAACUGCUCAAACUUAUCUUAGAGUCCAACACCCGAAACAUUGCACUCCUUAUCGGGCCCAGCGGAAAUGGAAAAAGUCUGCUUCUACAAUCCGUCGUAAACGAGUUCAAUGGUUUCCAACUGGUCACUAUCAGUUGUAGUGCUCAGCUAACCACCGCCAGCAUUCUCAAUACACUGAAACAAAACUCCAUGGUUCUUACCACCGUCAAGGGCAAAGAAUAUAGACCGAAGUUCUCCAAAAUUGUUAUCUAUUUCAAAAACAUCGAUCUCUGCACUGUCGACAGCUGGGGCACAUGUGAAGUCGUAGAACUUCUACUUCAGCUCAUCAACCGUAGUGGUUUCUACUCGGAUACACUGGAAUGGAUCAGCGUAGUCGGGAUUCAAAUCUGCGCCUCCAUUUCUGAUCUGAACAAAGUUCACAUCUCGCCUCGGUUCCUUUCAAUCUGCCAUAUGGUACGCAUCAGCUAUCCCACCAAUACGGAAAUGGAAAGCAUCGUCAAGAGUAUGUUGCUGCCGAUCUACAACCAGCGAGGAAAAACUACCGUCAAGGUUAAGCUAAGUGAUCUAGUCAACAGCGUGCUGAGCGUGUACUCUGAUAUUCAGGCUCGCUUCAAUCAGGGAGAAAUACUACAUUACCGAUUCACUCCCAAGAUGAUUGAACGCUGGAUCAGCGGGGUGCUACACUAUCCCGAGGGAAAUUUCGGUCAAGCUCUGCGCUAUGAAUGCAACCGUAUCUUCCGGGAUCGACUGGUGUCUGGUGAUGAUCGGGAGGCCUUCGACGAGAUUAUAAGGGACAAUUUGCGGCUGUUGGAUGAACUCGGUAGAAAUGACGUCUUCAUGCCGGGUGAAGAAAAAACGAACAAGGAAUUACAGCUGGUGGAUCGGGAGUAUUUGAAGGAGGCCAUCGACCGCGCGAUAACCAUUUGUAAUACCGAAACCAUCUUCGUGAAUGUUCCAAUGUCGGAAACUUUCCAGGACUCAGUAUCGUCAGUACUAAGAAUACUCCACAGACCCCAAGCUAACCUGGUGAUGUGCGGUAAGGUGGGAUCUUGCCGUUUGGAGGCUCUUUACGUGGCAACGAGUUUACUGAACAUGAAAAUAUGUUUCCCGCAAACCGGAAAAGGUUACUGUUUGAAUGAUUUCAACAAUGAUUUGAAAAUCGCGAUGCAAAGCUGUGCUCUCGAAAAUGAACCAACAGUUUUCUACAUUGACCAUUCGGUGAUCGAAUACUUAGGAGAUAUUCUGAAAACUUGCGAAGCGAUCCUCGAGGGAGCAGAUCUAACUGACUUUUUCGGUGAUGAUUUGGAGAAUUUGGCAAGCCCUUUAAAGGCACAGGCCGCUCUCGAAUCAUUCCAACUGUCCUUGGCGGCAUAUUUUCAACAACGGAUCGUCGACAAUUUUCAUUUGGUAAUUCUUCUAGAAUACACUUCCCCAAAAACAAGGGAAUUGUUUGAGAACUACUCCGCACUAUACCACAAAGCUGAAAUAAUGUGGAUACUAGAGGACAAAAUCACCGAAUGCGACAGUCUAGUCAGAUAUUUAGCUGAUAUCAGCAGCGACGGAACACCAGAAUCAAAUGCCAUACCUUUGCCGGUCUUCUUCCGGGAUCUCUUAGACAGCAAUCUAAGCAUUUGGUCCUGUUCCCCGAAAAGAAGGAUGCAACUGAUUCGUUGUUACCGAUACGUCUACGAAAGUCAAAAAUCCGAAAAAGAAGUACACAAAAAUAAAAUACAGAUUGGAGUGAACAAGCUUUCCGAAACACACAAGAUUGUUGAAAAGCUUAAACUCGAAGCGGAAGAAAAACAAACAGCGCUCGCUGAAAAAAGAAAACUAGCCAAUCAAUCGCUGGAGAUGAUCUCCAACACGAUGAGGAAUGCGAAUGAUCAGAAAACAGAACUCUUGGAACUACAACGGAAAACGCAACAAAGUAGCGUAAAGCUCACGGAACGUAAGAAAGCUAUCGAAGCAGAGCUUAGCCUCGUGGAACCGGUUCUUCAGGAAGCCAGUGCCGCCGUAGGACAAAUCAAAACGGAAGCUCUUUCUGAGAUUAGAUCACUGCGGGCCCCACCGGAAGUAGUCAGGGAUAUUCUUGAAGGGGUUCUUAGACUUAUGGGAAUUCGAGAUACUUCGUGGAACAGUAUGAAAACAUUCCUGGCUAAAAGAGGCGUCAAAGAAGACAUACGCUCCCUAGAUCCUUCGAGAAUCAACCCCGAGAACUGUCAAGCUGUAGAGAAGCUUCUGCAAUCGAAAGCCGAUUCGUACGAACAGAAGAAUGCGAAGCGAGCUUCUGCUGCAGCAGCCCCCUUAGCUGCUUGGGUGAUUGCUAACGUGAAAUAUUCGAAAGUGAUUCAGAGUAUCAAACCUCUGGAGCGAGAACAGAAUGAGCUACGUGAGAAUUUGGAAAAAGCAGAAACGGAGAUGAAGUCGCUAUCCAGUGGUUUAGAAAAUGUUAACGACAAAGUCAAGCAGCUAUCUCAACAACUGAACGUAUACACCCAGGAAGCAGCGAUGCUAGAAAUAAAACUAGGCGAUGCUCAGCAAACACUCCAAUCGGCCGAAAUUCUUGUGCAAAGUUUAAGUUCCGAAUACGUCAGCUGGAGCAACGAGUUGGAAGAACUUAACGAGACGAUCGCUCAAAUAGAUAAACGAAGUUUCUUAACCGCUCUUUGCAUCACUCAUUUGUCUCAUUUAUCACUAGAAGAACGAAACGAUGUUCUGCAUAAAAUUGCGAAGCUCAUUAAAGAUGACGUAUUCGACAUGAAUAAUCUAAUCACCAGUCAGGAUAAAAUAAUCUGGGAGAGUAUGGGGCUUACUGCUGAUCAGCAAUAUCAAGAAAACGCAACAGUGAUCAAUCAAUUUCUGCAGCUACCUUUCGGUGCAACUCCCGUUCCUCUACUCAUCGACCCUACGGAGACAGGUCAGAAAUGGAUUACCAAUUAUUUGAAGUACAAAAACCUAACUUUUGAGCUAACCAGUCAAUCGGCUGAUCGAUUCAGUUAUAUUUUGGAACUUGCAAUCCGAUUCGGAAAAAUUCUAAUAAUACGCAACAUCAAUGCCAUCGAGCCUCCAUUACUGUCACUUUUCUUCACCAGAAUCCACAGCCGCUUUAACAAACGAAUGGUUCAAAUCGGUAACAAGUUAAUUGACCUGCACGAUGACUUCAAAUUUAUUCUAGUGACCCAGAACGAACAACUUUACUUCGGUCCGGAAAUGCAGGCCCAUUUUAUGAACCUUAUGUUUACUAUUACAACAGCUGGUUUAACAGAUGUUCUCACCUACAAGUGGGUUCAAACUAAGGACCCAGAAAUCGAACGAAAACGUAUCGAGCUGCUGGAAGAAGAAGGUAAACUGGUGAAAGAGAGACGCAGUCUUCAGGACAAAUUACUGCAAGAGUUGUCAUCUUCUCAGGGAGACAUUCUGAAAAACGAACCGCUGCUGAAUACGUUGAAAAAUAUCAAAACCAGCGCUCGGUCAAUCGAACAGUCCCUCGAAGAGUUUUCAGAAAUACGAGACCGUCUUAAAGAGCACUACGAUCAACGGCGAAGUUUCAGUAAUGCGGCAGCAAGAUUCUACAUGGGAAUUCGUAGAUUCUACACCAUCAACGUAUCAAAGUUUACAACAAUUUUCUUGAGUGUUAUCGACAACGAAAAGCACUCAACCCCCGAGGAACUGUACAAAAUUCUCAUCCGUAGAAUUUUCACUCUUAUAAGUCGUAGUACACCGAAAGACGAACAGAUGAUUCUGGGAUUGAACAUUUGCAAGCAAGCAUUCCCCGAACUCCUACCCGAUAGAGAAUGGGAAUCGUUUGUGUUGAACUUCACCAAUGCUGAACAAAUCGCUGAUCAGAACCUCCCCUCGUGGAUCAAGUCAGAGAGUCUUCCCAAAGUCCUGGCCUUGAAACAGCAGCAUCCGGAACUGUUCUCCAAAUUAAAUCUGGAUAACAGCAAUAUUUGGCAGAAGUACAUUGAUUCCGACGAUGUUUCUAUCCCGAUCGGGGUAAGUGAGUUCCAAUACAUCCUGGUAGCACAAGUAUUCCGACCUGAUUUGUUGAUCCGAACCAUAACUAGGACGGUUCAAAACUUAUUAGGAUUGAAAACAUUGUACACUAUUCGGCCAUCGAUCAAGCUACUGGCCGAGGAAAGCCUCGUCGAUGAACCAGUCCUUCUGAUAGCAUCGUCAGGAAUCGACCCAUCGGAAGAAAUUCGUGAAUACGCCAAACAAACCAUCGGCCUUUCGAAGUAUGCAGAGUUUGCAAUGAGUAAAGGGCACGAACAAGAAGUUCUGAAGCUUAUCAAACAAUCUGCUAACGAGGGCGGAUGGAUUUGUGUCAAAAACAUUCACACGGUUCCGCAGUGGCUUCGCCAUUUAGACGAUGCUCUCAAGCAGCUGCAGCCGACGGAAGGUUUUCGUCUGUGGUUGACUUCAGAAACGGAUCGCAAUCUGUACGAGGUGUUCAUCAAAAAGUGCAACAAAGUGCUGUUCGAGCCGCCAACCGGGUUGAAGUACAAGAUGAAGAUGCUGAUGGAACAACACGCUGGUACCGUCACCCGUAAACGGGACUACAAAUCGAUCAAGAUGUACGUUGGGCUGUUCUUGCUGCACUCGAUCGUCCAGGAGCGCAGGUCGUAUGUUCCACAAGGUUGGAGCAAAUGGUACGACUUCUGCGAUUCCGACCUGCGCACCGCGAUGCAACUGAUACACUACACCGAGGGAGCCAAUACCUUGAAGAUUCACUGGCCGCUGCUGCAAGGUCUCUGCGAAAAGGUCGCAUACGGAGGCCGCAUCGACAACGAUAACGAUUUCGAAAAAUUGGAACACCUGCUUCGGGAGUUUUACGACGAAAAAAUUAUGAACAGCCGUUGGCAACCGAUGUUCAUCGGGGUUAGCUUCCCGAAUUCCAAUCAUUUAGAGGACUACUUAAAAGUAAUUGAGCAACUGCCGGACACGGAUAGUCCUGCUCUUUAUGGCAUUCCGGCGUCUACAAACUCCUCCAGGGACAUAAUUUUCUGUCGAAACACUUUGAAAGUGUUGAGGCAGAAAUAUUUCAGCGGCGGAAGCGUUCAAAAUUUCGACAAACGGAUCAAACCAAUAAUUGCUUUGUGGAACAAACUGAUGAGUGGAACGAUGGCCUACCGGUUGGACGGUAUCCUCGAAAGGAACAAAACCAAUCAAGACCCCUGGAUGGUAUUCCUUUUAGCCGAACUGACAGUAGUACGAAAUCUUUACGAAACGAUCCAAAGCUGUCUACAGAUGUUCAGAAACUCGCUCAAAGAAAUCGACGGCAUUUCCGGUUCAGAUCGUUCGAUUUUGACUGUGCUUUGUGAUAAUCAGGUUCCGCUGCAAUGGCGUCGAAUUUGGAGUGGUCCAAAAACGCUUAUCGAAUACCUGAAGGCAAUUGGUUUCAAGACAAAAGAAACAGAGAAGCUUUAUAAUCAAAUUGUGGAGAAUCGUCCUGUUGAGGUCGUGAAUUUCAACAACUUUUUCAACGUUGAAGCUUUCCUCACCACGAUAAAGAUGAUCAAAUCGAAGGAGCUGAGCGUUUCUACGACGGAGCUGAGACUGUUCGCCACUUUUGAUGAGCGCAGAAAGGGAAAUGAAAUAUUAGUAGAACCACUUUUGAUUGAUGGUGGUUAUUUGAGCAAUCAAAAGCUUAUGAUACAACAAGGAAAACAACACACUGGUCCAACGAACACGGGAAAGUUUACCUUGGAUUAUAAACAAUCAUCAGGCAGCUCAGCCGGUUCAAAGCGAUCUAGUCAACCAGAUGCCCAGUUUGAAAUUCCCGUCUACAAUAAUAUUUCGCGGGAUAUGAAGCUUUGUGAGAUCGCCAUAGACAUUGGCCCAGGCCUGGAUCGAACACAACUCGUGGCAGCAGGAGUUGCUCUUAUCAUCCCCGAAAAUUAUUAAUUACUAUAAUCAAGGAAAAUCUUUCAAAUUCUACUAUUCACAACAAAGAGAGGCUAUUCAACAGUACAAUUUGUAACUAUUUACAUGGUUUAAUCGUGUGUGUGACUUUAGAUUUGAUUUUUAUGAAAACUACCUUCAUAAACCAAGGAACCAAAUAAAACUAGGAUUUAACUUCGGCA